GCACCCUGUCGUUUCAAAGAAUAUCUGAAAGGUGAACGCGUCAAGUGUAAACGCCUCGUCCGUUUGGGGAGGUGCGCGCGCAGUCAGCGGAGGCUCGCGAAGCAAGGCUUGACACGGCGGAUAACGCUCAUAAAAAACAUUUUUUUUUCUGCUUAGGCUAGUUAAUGAGGCAGGCGACGUCCGCUGUAAAGUGCUGUGAGAAACCCUGUAGUAAGAUAUUCCAGAAUAAAGUGUGCUGGAUCUUUUAUUUGGUGGUCAUCUGGUGUCCUGAUUCAGCUGUGUCCAUAAGAGUGGACUUUAUGGAGACAGAUUUGUCUAGCUUGUACCUGGGCAAACAUCAAAGAGAAAAUUGAUCAGGAGAUAUGAAGAAUUGCAGUCUGUGGCUGUUCUUGCCCCUGAUGUUCUCUCUCUUUACAGCUGCUGGCCUUUGGGUUGUGUAUUUUAUUGCUGUAGAGGAUGAGAAAAUAACCCCCCUAAAUUCAGACUACAAAAGGGCGGAAUCAAAGCCUCCUCCAUAUAUCAGCAUUGCAGGCAACGCCCCCCCUGCAAGCUGUGUUUUUAGUCAAGUCAUGAACAUGGCGGCCUUUGUAGGAUUUAUACUUGGAGUGCUGAGAUAUCUGCAGCUGAAAGCAAGGGUGCAAAAACCCUGGCUCAACACUGGUAGUUUGGUGGCUUUGUCCCUUGCCUGCUUUGUCAUGACUCUAGUUGGGAAUUUUCAGCUGGCAAAUGAUGAGAAGCUGCAUAAUAUCGGCACAUCCAUGACCUUUGGUCUAGGCACACUAUUCUGCUGGGUCCAGUCCUUCAUGACCCUGAAGGUCAACUUGCGAAAUGAAGGCAAACGAGCUGGAAUUCCUCGCUUCCUGUUGUCUGUAGCUGUCACUUCUUGCGUGCUGCUGUAUUUUGUUCUAAUGGCACAGCGAUUACACAUGCAUGCUGCCCGGGCACAAUGGGCCUUGGUUAUGUUUUUCCUGACAUACCUGAGCACAUUUGCCAUUGAGUUCCGUCACUGCCACUUUGAGAUGGUGUGUAGUGACAACCAGGAACCUCCAUUUAGCCUGUCUGAAAGUUUCUCUGAGGUCUCUGAAUACCAAUCUGACCAACUAUAAUCUGUCUUUGAUAAUAUCUGUUGAGUCCCGUUAUUCCUAUGUUUGCAAGUUUAUCAGUCAUGCGUGUACGUAUUGAAUGUACCUUCUCCAGAUAGAUCUCUGGAUGACUGCCAUUUUUUUAUGUGUAAAUAGACUUUUUGAAAGCAACAAAGUCAUGAAAUGCACAAAGUUACUGUUAUGCGUUCCAUAUUUAUAUGUGAAUCAAAUACCAAGGACGCUUAUAAAAUGAGCAAAUAUAAAUACAGGUUCAGCUUUUUUUGCACAAUAAUUAAAUGUUUUAUGAUUUUAAUUGUUUUCUUUGAUUUAAAAAUGUGAUAGUUUACAGACAGUAAAAAACAUUUUAUAGUUUACAGUAAAACUAUUUAAUCACCCAAAAUCUCCUCUGUGAUUAUUUAAAGUGCUUUGAUACAAAAAAUAAAGGAUGGAAUAAAGAUUUAAUGAGAAUCUUCAUGUUGCUAUGCUUCAUGUGACUGUUCAUAGAACAAACUUCAAUAUGGGAAAAAUAACCAUAGAAAGUAACAUAAAAGUCCUCUUGCAAGGAAACCAGAGUCAGACAACACCAUGAAGACAUUGUUAAAGGCGGGUUGUCCGAUUUCUAAAUUACGCUUCUAAAGACAAAGUCGGGCUGAGUACCAAAACAACCUUGUAGCCAGUCAGCAGUAAGGUGCACAGUGCACAAGAUGGACGUUAGCGGAGCUGAUCGCUGACAAAAGCAAAAGAUGGGGUUACCGCAGGAUGCAGUUCAUGCCCAGACCUGAUGGCAGAGCUGAGAAUGGGAAGCGGUGACCUGACAAGAGCUAAGAAGAUAGAGCUGGAUAAAGGACGCGACAACUUUGUUUUUCCUACAACAUUUCAAAUGCUAUUACAGUUGUGUUCAAAAUUAUUCAACCCCCA